AUGACUUCAAGAGGCAAUCAAUCAAAUAACCCAUCAGGCUCCAGAUUCACAGGAGGUAAUCAGCAUCGUCGUACAGGCUCUAAGAAUUGGUCACACAUCAAUGUAUCUUCGACUCCUAACUACAGUGCUUCCACGUUCAUGACUAAUGGAAGAAAGGCAAAUAGUGCUGCUCAGAUGGGCACAACUCAAGUACAUAAUGCUGCGUACCAUCUGCCGAACUCAGCCCAAGACCAGGAAGCAUCGUUAAAGCAUAUGAACGAUCGAUUAUUGUUUGGACUCAUCCGGAGUAUUGGCUGUAAGAGUAGAAUUACAACUAACUCUGGAGCUACCUAUGAUGGAAUUUUAUAUACUAGUGGCGGCAUCACGGACUCAGGAGUUGCUUUAAUUCUGAAGUACCCGCAACUGAAAAAAAGUUCUUUUACUCCAUCAGAUGAAGACUUCAACAAUAAGGCUGAACUACCGGAGACUCUGAUUCUUUCGGAAAAGGAUAUAUUAAAGAUGGAAUUUGAUUCUGUGAAUUUCGAAACUUUUGAGCAAACUGGAAAACCAAGAGUGAAUGCAUCGGGCAAAAGUUUUAGGACAGACAUUGAUAUAUCGGCUAACUCUGCAUUUCAUGAAAGGGAAUUACAAAAAUGGGUACCAGAUGAAGAUAUCGAUGUAAGAUUGACUGAAGGAUUGGAGGACGCCGACUCGAACGUCCACUGGGAUCAGUUUGAAGUGAAUGAACGUAAAUUUGGUAUCCAAUCUACUUACGACGAAAACUUGUACACCACAAAGAUUUCUAAAAGUGCGCCAGAUUAUGAGCAAAGGUUGAAGGAAGCGGAGCAAAUAGCUAAGGAAAUCGAAUCUCAAGGCUACAAUGGCAAUAUACACCUUGCUGAAGAGAGAGGCAUUAUACUAGAUGAUGCAGGAGUUGACGAAGAAGACAAAUAUUCAGGAGUUGCCAGAGAACCUGUCCCUCUAAAUGAAGGCGACGCAUUACUACUUGGAAUGUUGAGGGCUAACACAAAAGAUCAGAAAACCGAGUUGAGACCUACUGCCACAGGGAAGAACUUACCUCGUAGACAGCGUGCUGCAAACUUUCAUGGCGACCGCGCCGUAGGUGCUAGUUCUGUCACUGAAGAAAAAAAAGAUGGUACUCUCGAAUCACCCAUGGGCUUGGAUGCACUUGAACAAGACAUUAGUGACCAUCAGGUACAAGCUUCUAACUCUGAGCGUCCAAAGAAAAUAGUGGCUGAAAACAGGAAGGUCAGCCAUCAGAAUGAAAUCAAUUCAUUCCGAGAAUUCUCGGCAACCUUCAAAGUGCCAACAAAAUUUCCUCCAGACUUACUCCCUAUACUUUCGAAAGAUAAGGUCAAACAGAACGAGAUAAUGAAAAAGUCAGAAACAGAAGAAUGCGAAAAAGACGAAAACAGUGAAGAAGGUGAUGAUCCCUCAAGAACUGCAGACAUCGAUACCCAAUCCAAAACCCCCACUCCUAUUUUGAGUAAGAAAAAGAUGGACCCAAGAACUGCUCCCACCUUUAAAAUGAAUCCAAAUUCAAUUCCCUUUUCUCCAAGUUUUUCAUCUUCAAGAAACUCUCCAGCCUUGUCCUCUAGUGAGAUAGUACAAUCUCCGCAGCAGCGCACCAGGAAAGAAGCAGCAUCUUUCUUCCCUACAGGUAAAUCGCCAAAGGAACUGGCAAUUCAUGACGUCUGUGGAGAAUUCUUCAACACCAAAUUCAACGUGCUCAUUAAAGCGCGGAUAGAGUACGAGGAAAAGAACGAAACAAAAAAUGCUCUUAUAAUUAAUAUUGAAAAACCUUUCGCGACUCCUCCAACUUGGCCAUCUACUGUUGAGGAAUCAUAUAAGAUGGCGUUUUCAAAACAACCUGAGUGGAUUGGCUCUCCAGCGGCAUUACCGCCGAUGCAAAAAAGAAUGUACCAAGUCUCAGCUCAACCUUUCCCAAUGAUGGCUCCUCCGCCUCAACAGCAUCCGCCAGUGCCUCAACCUAUUAUGAUGGCUCAGCCUAUGCAAAUGGAUCCCCAUAAUAUGCACAUGCCCCAACCCACAUUUGUCGUCCCUCAAUUUCAACAACCUCAGUUUAUUCCCUUUUACCAACCGCCGCCAAACGUUCCACAGAUGGCCUAUGGAAUUCCUCAGAAUCAAAAUCUUGCGAACGGUGCUAUACCACUAUCAAUGAGACAGCAAGGGCACAGAAACUCUAGAAACCACCAAUAUACUCAGCCACAACUGAAUGCUAGGGGCGGAAAUGGUUACAAAUUUUGA